AUGCAGACCGUUUUGCAAAGCCAGAUGCAGGUCGUUGGUAUCGAUCUGGGCACCACAAACUCGGCUGUGGCUGCCAUGGAAGGUGGCAAGCCAACCAUUGUCACAAAUGCAGAGGGUGCGCGCACAACGCCGUCAGUGGUGGCAUACACAAAGUCUGGGGACAGGCUGGUGGGCCAGAUUGCCAAGAGGCAGGGCGUGGUCAAUCCGGAGAACACAUUUGCGUCAGUGAAGCGCUUCAUCGGCAGGAAGAUGAAUGAGGUGCAGGAGGAGUCCAAGCAGGUCCCCUACAAGCUGGUGGAGGACAGCAACGGAAAUGUGAAGAUCGUGUCCAGCAACGCCGGCAAGGAGUUUGCCGCGGAGGAAAUCAGCGCUCAGGUCCUGCGCAAGCUUGUUGACGAUGCCUCCAAAUUUCUCAACGACAAGGUGAACAAGGCGGUGAUCACAGUGCCGGCCUACUUCAACGAUUCGCAGCGGCAGGCCACAAAGGACUCCGGCCGCAUCGCUGGCCUGGAGGUUCUGCGCAUCAUCAACGAGCCGACGGCCGCCUCGCUCGCGUACGGCUUUGAGAAGAAGUCCAACGAGACCAUCCUCGUCUUCGACCUGGGUGGCGGCACCUUUGAUGUCUCUGUCCUGGAGGUGGGCGACGGAGUCUUCGAGGUGCUGUCGACGAGCGGAGACACACACCUGGGAGGCGACGACUUUGACAAGCGAAUCGUGGAUUUCCUGGCGGACGACUUCCAGCGCUCAGAGGGCAUCGACCUGCGCAAGGACCGGCAGGCGCUGCAGCGGCUGACCGAGGCCGCUGAGAAGGCCAAGAUGGAGCUCUCUACGCUCUCGCAGACAUCCAUCUCGCUGCCCUUCAUCACGGCGACGGCCGACGGACCGAAGCACAUUGAGACCAACCUGUCUCGUGCCAAGUUCGAGGAGAUUUCCUCGGACCUGCUCGAUCGCUGCCGCAUCCCCGUGCAGCAGGCUCUGAAGGACGCCAACCUGAAGUUCACAGACCUCAACGAGGUCAUCCUUGUGGGCGGAUCCACUCGAAUCCCCGCAGUGCAGGAGCUUGUGCAGAAGAUUGCUGGCAAGGCGCCCAACGUGACUGUGAACCCCGAUGAGGUCGUGGCGCUCGGCGCAGCCGUGCAGGCCGGUGUGCUGGCAGGCGAGGUGCGCGACAUCGUGCUGCUCGACGUGACGCCCCUGUCGCUCGGGUUGGAGACCCUGGGAGGCGUGAUGACUAAGCUUAUCACUCGCAACACCACCCUGCCCACCUCCAAGUCCGAGGUCUUCUCCACCGCUGCAGACAACCAGACCUCUGUCGAGAUCAACGUGCUUCAGGGCGAGCGCGAGUUUGUGCGCGACAACAAGUCGCUGGGCAACUUCCGGCUGGACGGUAUCCCUCCCGCUCCCCGGGGGGUCCCCCAGGUCGAGGUCAAAUUCGACAUCGACGCGAACGGCAUCCUCUCAGUCACUGCCACCGACAAGGGCACUGGCAAGAAGCAGGACAUCAAGAUCACCGGCGCAUCCACCCUUGCCGGUGACGAGGUGGACCGCAUGGUCAAGGACGCCGAGAAGUUCGCUGACGAGGACAAGAAGAAGCGCGAGGCCGUGGACGUCAAGAACCAGGCGGACAGCUUGGUUUACCAGACAGAGAAGCAGCUGACGGAGUUGGGCGACAAGGUGCCUGCGGAUGUCAAGUCCAAGGUUGAGUCGCAGAUCACCUCCCUCAAGGAGACUGCUGCCGGCGACGACACAGAGGCCACCAAGAAGGCCAUCGAGGACCUGCAGAAGGAGGUGAUGGCGAUCGGGCAGGCCAUCUACGGGCAGCCAGGUGGCGCGCCCGGCCCCGACGCGGCGGCCGGCCCCGGCGCGGGCGCCCCCGGCGGCGACGAAAAGAAGGGCGGUGACAAUGUCGUCGACGCCGAGUUCACCGACUCCGACAAGUGAAGCCGCUCCGCCUGAAUUGGCGUCAUGCGCUGAUCUGGCGACGGCUGACCUGGCAGCGCGUCUGAUCUGGCACCGUGCUGAUAUGUGCGGCGUGCCUGAUUUGGUGAUAUCGUGGAAAUUGGCAUGGGAGCGUGAUCUGGCAGGGGGCUUUGCUCACGAUGUAUCGGCAGGGUCCGCUCUGUCGGCUGUCAGUUUCCCAGGAAAAUUGGGAAGACGUCCUCUGCGCGAGUGGUUUGGAGCGCGCAGGUGCUGGCUGUGUCCAAGUGAUGGCACGCGCUUGCGAAGGUGCAGUGGGAUAUGCGGAUGACGAAGAUGGCUUGAGCUGAGUGCUGGGGGUUUGGAAGCCCCCAAGACACAGGAGGGGAUGUGCAGUUGACUAUUUUGCAGACUGCAUUCGCUCUGCCUGCGGCAAGACUAUAGGCAUGAACCAAGGACCACCAGUGCGCUGCUUUGGAAGCAUCACGUGGUGCACUUGCAGAAAUGCUGGCUUUGAGCUUCUUGGCUUGAGAGGGGGGAUGCAUGUGCAAGUGGGUGUUUUAUUUACCCCUUAAGGAUUAGCUCUGGGCUUGCUUAAUGCCGCGAGUGAAUACUAGUUCAUCGCCAUGACAGCACAUAAAAGUGAAUUGUUUUGCUAUGUGUGGGUGACUGAUUUGUGGGGUGAUGCAGCGUGCAAUCCCCACUAAUUAGUCUUGACAUUUUCCUGCUUCAAGACGUGCUGCGUGUUGGUGUGUGCAAAUGUGUAGGUGGUGAACAGGAAUGGAACAAGCACAGGUGGGUCAAAUUAUUCUUAUUGCUGUUGGCUAGUGACUUCACAGGAAUGAAUAUACAAGGACUGUAAGAUCAAAUUUGCGC